GCAACAUAUUGACUGGUCUCAGCUUUCACCUUCAACGCCAAGCCGCAGCACAAGCUUUUGUUGUCGAUCCACUCACUCAUGUCAUGUCAGUGCAUGCUCGUCUGACAUAUAAAGCUUGACGGAUCUUCUUUGGGCCGUUGUCAUUAUCUGUGCCGGAAUACUGUUCGGUGAUCAUCUACUGAUGUCUCUACCGCUCGAAUUCAUUGAUGACCUCUGGGUGCGGAGAACAUUCUCCGCAGCUGGCCACACUUUGCUAAUCUACGACUACUUUCUGACCUUUAAUGAUGAAAUCCGGUACAUCUGGAAUGCUCCCUGGACGGUAGUGAAAGUCAUGUUUCUUAUCAACCGAUACGGAAACAUUACUGGGCAGACUUUCAUUCGGCUGGAAGAGGCCGGCCUCCUCACACAUGAUUCCACACUAUUCUGCCACUGGUUUGGCCUUAUCACCACUUACUUUAUGAUCCUAUCUUCAGAGUCGAUUCAUAUACUUGUGCUCAUGCGUGCGUGGGCCAUCUGGGGAACUCGAAGGGGCGUGACAAAAAUGCUUGUCGGGAGCUACCUGACCUACGUCCUUAUACUGUUGGGCGUAUCAACGUAUGGUGCGGACGACGAUUCUAUUGAAGAGUUUCAGUACCUCGACUUAGCCAAGGUCUGUGUGGCGGCGAUGCCAAAAUAUGUGUGGCUCUGCUAUAUCGGAAGUUUCACUCUCGACACGGUAAUCUUUAUUUUGACAACGCGAAGUCUCUGGAGAUACUCUAGAGAAUUUCAGUUUCUCUACCCCUCCAACCUCCUCUGGUUGCUUGUUCGAGAUGCAACUAUUUUUUUUGUUCUCAGUAUGUUCAAUAAUGUCAUGAUUGUCACUUCCUGGACUGCGUACUCGAACGAUCCAAAGUUUUUCCUAGCUAAAGGGUUUUCGAGUCCGUUACUUUCAGUGGCCGGUCAGCGCCUGGUCCUAAACCUGAAAGGUCUCCAAACGCGUACCUACUCGACGUACGAUCUCAGCUGUGAGGUGGACCGACAGCUUGAAGCAUUGUCAGGUCGAGAUGACAUUGGUGACUCAGACGGUAGCCGAGAGCCUUAGGUAAAUACUUCAAGUCGAAUGGGGGAGACCGGAUUGGCUGUUUCGGACAUUGUAGAUGUUGGUAUUGACUAUUCUAAGGCUGCUGCUGAUCUUCGUGCUUUUGGUUCCCUACAUUUUCUUUGCAUUCCCCAUAAGUGCU